AUGGUUUCUAAACAUCGAUCUCUAUCUGAAGAAAUUGAUAUGUUCAGAGAAGGGGGAUCUACUUCAAGACCUCCGAUGUUGGAAGGGUCAAAUUAUCCCUAUUGGAAAACCAAGAUGAGGGCUUUUCUGCGAGCUGUGGACGAAAGAGUCUGGAUGGCAGUGGUGGAUGGAUGGAAAGCUCCGAGUAUUACUGAAAAUCGGGUAGAAAUUGUUAAACCGAUGAGUGAAUGGUCUGAAACUGAGAUUGAGAAGGCUAAUUUCAACUCCAAAGCUCUUCAUGCUAUCUUCAAUGCAGUCUCUACAAAUCAGAUGAAAGUCAUAGCCAACUGUGAAAUUGCUAAAGAGGCUUGGGAAAAACUGAAGACAAAGAAUGAAGGGACUCAAGCGGUUAAGAAAGCAAGAUUAAGGGGUCUAGCUACUCAGUUUGAAAACUUGAAUAUGGAGGAGGGAGAGACUGUUGCAGAAUUUCAUGCCAAAUUAUCUAAAGUUACAUCUAUUGAAGAGGUACAUGAUGUUGAAGAACUGGAUCUGGAUGAGCUGAUAGGUUCUUUACAAAACUAUGAGAUGACUUUAAAACGAUGGGGAAAAGAGAAACAUGAAAAAGAGAAGGAUAAGGGCAGCAACAGUCUUGCCUUCGUACACAAAGAGGAGGUAGAGAAAGGUGAUAUGCUAGAUGGCCUGACUGAAGAUAAAGUGGCAUUUCUUACGAAAAACUACGCCAAGUUCUUGAAAAGAAAUAUGAGGAGAGGAAAUCUUGGUGGAAAAGAAAAUGGUCCAAAAAGGAUUAUGCCCUUUAAUCAAAGAUCUGUGACUUCACAGGAAAGGAAAAAUAGAGAAAUUCGUUGUCGUGAAUGUGAUGGGUUUGGUCACAUGCAAGCUGAAUGUGCCAAUACUCUAAAGAAGAAAAAGGCUAUGGCAGUAACGUGGAGUGACAGUGAUGAAGAGAAAGAAGAAUCUUGCAGUGAACAGUCAGAUCAAGAUAAAUGCGUGGUUGCUUUUAUGGCCUCAUCAAAUUGUAAGAAUGAAAGUGAGAAUGGUGAGUCUGGAGAAUCUGAUGUGGAAAGUCUGGAUCAACAAUCUGCUUAUGAACAAAUGUAUGAUCAAUGGGUGACUAUGAUCAAGAAGGUAAAGCAGGUUGAAGGAAGAAAUCAAGAAUUAAUUCUGAGUAAUAAAAAUCUUGAGGGAAAAUUCAAAAGAUUACUAAUGGAGAUUGAUGAUAAGAAUGUGCAGUUGCAGGCCUUACGUUUUGAAGCUUUGAAAGUUAAAAAACCUCGUGAUGAAUUAGGAGCAGAGGGGUUUCGAACCAAGGUAAGGUUUUUAAACAAAUGCGGAAAGGAGAUACUGAUUGAUGAUCCCUCUUCUUCCAAAAGCCGUCAGUCAAAUGCAAGUUUAUCUACAAAUCUUCAGACUCAAGAAGAUGAAUCCUGGAGCAGGCCAAGUUUGCAAAAAAAAUUCACUAGUGGGAGAUUUGUUCCAGUCUGUCACUUCUGCAACAAACGAGGUCAUAUACGCCCAAAGUGUUUCAAGUUACAGAACUAUCUCCAAAAGUUAGUUGAGAGAAAGGAGGGAUUGAGGUCCUCAGAGAAGAUUGUUCAUGUUCCCUUUGACAUCUGUCCUAACACAAGUUCUGAGGAUACAAAAGCUUGUGUGGCUCAUAUAUCUCUGUCUGCAUUUAAGGAUGACCAGUGGUAUUUUGAUAGUGGUUGUUCUCGACACAUGACUGGAAACCGGCACCUAUUGAUCAACUAUCAAGAUAAGAUAGAAGGAGCUGUUACAUUUGGUGAUGGAAACAAAGGUGCUAUUCAAGGAAAAGGGGAACUUCUUUUGAAGAAUCUUCCAUCUUUAAAGGAUGUUCUGUACGUUGAGGGGCUGAAAGCUAACUUGAUCAGUAUAAGUCAGCUGUGUGAUUCAGGUUAUUUGGUGAAUUUUUCUAAUAGUUGUUGUUCUGUUGUUUCGUCAGAUGGAAGAAUGGUCUUAACAGGCAAAAGAUCAAUUGACAACUGCUAUAAGCUAGACAGUGAAGUUCUGUGUAAUAGAACUAUUCUCGAAAAAUCAGAUUUGUGGCAUCAUAGAAUGGGUCAUCUAAACUACCGAGACCUGCAGAAAUUGAUCAAGCUCAAGGCAGUUAGGGGAGUUCCAGAGUGUUAUAAAGUUUACAGGGUACGAAGUGACCAUGGGAAGGAAUUUGAGAAUAGUCUUUUUGCUGAAUUUUGUGAUCAUCUUGGUAUUGCUCAUGAGUUCUCCGCUCCUAAAACUCCUCAACAAAACGGUGUGGUUGAAAGAAAAAAUAGAACUCUUCAAGAGAUGGCUCGGGUAAUGCUCUGUGGGAAGAAGAUUGCCACUCGUUUUUGGGCAGAGGCAGUAAAUACCGCUUGUUAUAUUAGCAACCGAGUUCAUCUCAGAACAGGGACAACUCAGACUGCCUAUGAAAUUUGGAAGGGUAAGACUCCAAAUCUAGCUCAUCUUCAUAUCUUUGGAUGUAAGUGCUUUAUUCUGAAUGACAGAGAUCAUCUGGCCAAAUUUGAACCAAGGAGUGAUGAAGGAAUAUUUCUGGGGUAUGCAGUAAACAGUAGAGCCUAUCGCAUUUUCAACAAGCGCACUCAUACCGUCAUGGAAUCUGUAAAUGUGAGAUUUGAUGAAUCUGAGGAUAAAGUUGCAUCUAGUGAAGAUGAUGACCCACCUAUCCUAUAUGUUCCACCAGUUGUUCCCACUGUACCUAUUACUGAAGAAAUUGCUUCCCCUUCCCAUAACCUAACUCAUCUCUUAAAAUUACAAAUAGAGUGCACAAUUCUCAUCACAACAUAA